UGUAAUGUUUACUCCAACCAUUCAAGAGUUAACCUCAUUAGCUAUGAACGGGUGAGGAGAAGGAGCUUCCCGGUAUAAGAAAUCUACUGAAACAGUCAACUACUCACCGUGUUCCCAUUUCGCCAUUGAAUGGAUCAUAGACCCGAUGCGAGCUAAGCUCACGACUCUUUUCGAAUUUAAUCGUUCAUCGGGUUCGCAGCUAGAGAGUUCUCAGCUCAUUGGAUCCGAAGCAAAUUCGCCGUUGUGUCUUUACAUUCUUGUAAUUGACCUGAGAGGGUUUGGCUUUUGGUGAGCCAUGGCUGGGAUCUUCGAGUAUUUCGUGGUUUGCGGAAUCGGGCCGGAGAUUCGGACGCUUGACGGUCAAAGAGGUUACCAUGGGACAGGGAUCAUGUACUUGGCUUCUCUUCUGGAUCAGUACCCGCCUCCUAAUCACACUCUCUAUCCUCCUCCUCCUCCUCAGCUUUCUACUUGUGUUUUGCCAGCUGGUGUGGAAUUCUAUCCAUCUGGGUUUGAUUCUAAUAAUCCAUCAACUUUUCCAAAGAGUUAUCCCAUUGUUUUAACUGAGGGUGAUGGGUCAAAGAUUUAUGUUAGUUGCAUUGCGUUCCGAGAUCCUGUUUGUGAGGAUAUUGCUGAAGCUUAUCGCAUUCCUGCAAAUUCAUUUGCUGAUAAAUGCAUCUGUUUUGUUUCGCGUUCACCUAGUUUUAGAAUUCUACGAGAUGCUCUGGAGGAAAUUUUUACGCUUUGCUUUUCCUCUUCCGGAAGUAGCAAGCCAUUGUGGGAUGUCAUCGCAUAUGUAGUCUCCAAUGUACCUUUGCCUAAUCCUGGAAGGGAUAGGGUGCUGUUUGCUGUUGAGAAUACCCUACUUUCUGUUGAGGUUCCACCAAAAGAUGGGCUCCCCCACGCUGAUAUAUCAUUCCAGCCAUUGGUUCAGUGUUUGGAUGUUGACAAUGUCAUCCAGCUGUUUAUUGCUGUGUUGCUUGAAAGAAGGAUAUUACUUCGAUCAGACAAGUAUUCUCUUUUAACCCUCGUAUCAGAGUCAAUAUGCCAUUUAAUCUAUCCAUUUCGGUGGCAGCAUGUCUACAUUCCAUUACUAUUUUUCAGUGGAGUAGACUAUAUUGAUGCACCUACACCAUAUAUGAUGGGACUUCAUUCUGGUGUUGAUACAUAUGGUCUUAUGAUGGAUGGUGUAGUUAUUGUGGACCUUGAACAUAAUAGCAUCACUACAUCUGAGGAGAUUCCCUCUGUACCAGAGCCUGAGUAUAGCACUUUGCGUGGUGAAAUUAUGAAGCUGUUGUAUCCAAAUGUUGUUGGGAUAGACCAGAUGAAGUCCAGUAUGGGUAAUGCCACAGAACAGAAUCUAAGAGGUGGGAGCAGGCCAUGGGGAGAAGAUCAUGACCUUCAGCUUAGGUUCAUAUUCUUAAAAUUCCUGGCUUCCAUAUUAGGUGGCUACCGCAAUUUUAUAGAAAAUACUGCAACUCAGGUCUUCAACACUCAAGCUUUCUUAAAGAAGCGCUCUCGGUCAACCAACCAGCCACCAGAUCCAAUGAUAAGUCAGUUUUUAGAGUCUCAGGGUUUCAUGGAUUACCUGGAAAGAGGUCUUGGUUCAGAUGUAAGCAAUAACAAUCUCCUUGAUAAGUUGCAAGAUGCCAUUGGCAGGGAUCAGAAUCCUUUAUCAAUUCUUCCAUCUCUUUUAUCUGAGCCAGACAUUAUAACUAUAUCUGAUCCGGAUGUUGGAGUAUCAGGAUCAGGUGCCAAAUAUUGUUACGACAGGUUUCCUGAAAAUGUGAGAACAGAAGAGCAGGAGGAGAAGAGGAAGCAGAUUCUAGCCACAGCAAGUGGAGCUCUUGAAUAUUCUGGCAGGCAUACUCCUAGUUCACCUUCGGUACUUGCUGGUAAUGACUCAAGAGCUGAGAGCCUAAGUCCGAGGGAGAGAGCGGCAGAGAGAGAGCGCAUGGUUUUGGACAUAAAAGUAAAGCUGCAGGGACUAUGGUUACGCCUCUUGAAACUGGGUUCAACUGAUGAUCCUCUAUCAUCAUUUGAAUAUGGAACUAUCCUUGCUCUAAUUGAAUCUGACGCAGAGGGGAUUGGUGGUAGUGGCUUUGUUGAAUGUAUAAGAGAGCACAUAUAUUCAGGCUGGAACUGUCAAUUGACUGAGGAGCAGUUUAUUGCUGUGAAAGAACUGCUAAAAACGGCUAUUAGCCGUGCUACUUCCCGUAAUGACAUGGCAACAGUCAGAGAUGCCCUUGAAGUUUCUGCUGAAAUGUACAAAAAGGACGUGAAUAAUGUUUCUGACUAUGUUCAAAGACAUCUUCGAUCUCUAUCCAUCUGGGAGGAAUUGCGCUUUUGGGAAGGUUACUUUGACUUUCUACUGGAUAGAUAUUCUAGCAAGUCAACAAAUUACGCGACUUUGGUAACAACUCAGCUUAUUGUUGUUGCAACUCACAUGGCUGGGCUUGGACUUCAUGACAAUGAUGCGUGGUAUAUGAUUGAAACUAUUGCUGGGAAGAAUAACAUUGGUUAUAAGCAUAUUAUAAGACUUCGGGGAUAUCUAUCACAUAUCCGGCAGAUGUUCAUUGGUUACUGGGGAAUCUAUUCAGUCAAAUCACAAUCUGCAUCAGCCUUUGGUGUUCCCUCUCCACGUAAAGAUGCCGCUGAUGAUGAUCAACAACCGGCUGAGGUAUCAGGUGUUGGGCGAAGCUGGGUCCAGAGCAUGUUCAGCAGGGAGUCUUCACUGAGAGCCAACUCAUUUAGUCGGGUUCGCAAGUGGGCUUCUGAUAGUGGCUCUUUAGCCUCUAAUGAGAGUGGGGCUCCUCGCAAACAAGAUUUGUCUGCAGCUGGGCAAAAGAAAAUGCAUACCAGCAUUCGUAUGCUCAGAGGCCACACUGGAGCAGUCACCACCAUACAUUGUGUGACAAAAAGAGAGGUGUGGGAUCUAGUUGGGGACCGUGAGGAUGCAGGUUUCUUUAUCAGUGGAAGCACUGACACCACGGUUAGAAUUUGGGACCCCAGCCUCCGUGGUUCUGAACUUAGGGCAACAUUGAAUGGGCAUUCUAGGACUGUCAGGGCAAUUAGUUCUGAUCGAGGGAAAGUAGUAUCAGGAUCCGAUGACCAGAAUGUGAUUGUCUGGGAUAAACAGACAACUCAGCUACUUGAAGAACUGAAGGGCCAUGAGGGACAGGUCAGCUGUGUGCGCAUGUUGUCAGGUGAGCGAGUACUUACAGCUGCUCAUGAUGGAACCGUAAAAAUGUGGGAUGUGAGAACAGAUACCUGUGUGGCUACCGUGGGUCGUUAUUCAGGUGCUGUUCUCUGUAUGGAAUAUGAUGAUUCAACAGGAAUCUUGGCUGCUGCAGGCAGAGAUACGGUUGCAAAUAUUUGGGACAUCCGUGCUGGAAGGCAGAUGCACAAGCUAAUGGGUCACACAAAAUGGAUCAGGUCAAUUAGAAUGGUGGGGGACACAGUUAUUACAGGUAGUGAUGAUUGGACUGCACGGAUGUGGUCUGUCUCCCGAGGGACAUGUGAUGCUGUUCUAGCUUGCCAUGCUGGUCCAAUCUUAUGUGCGGAGUACUCUUUGCAAGAUAAAGGGAUAAUAACAGGUUCAACUGAUGGCCUUCUCCGGUUUUGGGAAAGUGAUGAUGGUGGUAUAAGAUGUGUAAAGAACGUUACUAUUCAUUCUGGUUCCAUAUUAUCCAUAAAUGCUGGAGAACACUGGCUAGGAGUUGGGGCAGCCGAUAAUUCAAUGUCUCUCUUCCAUCGACCUCAAGAGAGACUAGGUAAUUUAUCUGGCACUGGUUUGAAGAUGGGUGGAUGGCAGCUUUACAGGACUCCCCAGAAAACAGCUGCAAUGGUACGGUGUAUCUCUUCAGACCUUGAAAGGAAAAGGAUAUGCAGUGGUGGACGCAACGGGAUGCUUAGGUUGUGGGAUGCAACAAUUAACAUCUAAAUUCUGCUUCCCAAAUCGUGUAUUUCAAUGGAUUUUCAGAGUUUUUCGUGUUACGUAUGUUAUCUGCUACCGGUUUUGUAUCCUUGUCACUCUCCCUCUCCUGUGAAAGGCUAAUUUUGGAAUCUUUGUAACGUAAAUCCUUGAUGUUUUUCUUUCCAAAGAAAUUGCCAAUGGUUUGAGGAAUUGUUUUGAAGUUGGACUAGGAGAUUUCUGUGAUUGUUGCCACAAAUGGUUAGCACCAUUAAUAUACAAAACAUCAUAAUAUAUUGUUCUACUACAGAUAUACAUGAAGUUCUUAACAUUCUGCGGAAUUCACAACAUUGAUAAACAAUGUUUUUUGGUUGUGAGUAA